GUUUAACAGCAGCAGUAGAAGCAAUUUAUAAAAUAUGUUACUUUUAUUGAUGCUCCUCACUGCGGUUCUUUCUCAGGAUCAUUUUUUACCUCGAUCUUGCACAGAUGUGAGUUCUCCCAAAUCCGGUGUCUAUCGUUUAUAUCCCGAGUAUGGAUUCGGCGAUCCAAUUGACGUGUACUGUGAUCAAGCUCAUGAUGGCGGAGGAUGGAUUGUGAUCCAGAAUCGAUUUGAUGGCUCAGUUAAUUUCUAUCGAGGUUGGAGCGAAUACGAGAAGGGUUUUGGUGACUGGCGCAGUGAAUUCUGGUUGGGUUUGAAAACGAUUCAUCGUAUCACUUACUCUCAGCGCUUUGAAUUGCUUAUCCGACUAGAAGAUUUCGAAAAUGUUACAAAAGAUGCUCGAUACGAUUACUUUGUGGUGUCCGGCCCAGAAGAUGGUUACCGACUUAAAAAUCUGGGAGCAUAUUCCGGGUCUGCGGGUGAUUCAUUAUCUCCAGCAAAGGAUCAGCAAUUUUCAACACUGGAUCGGAAUACGAAUUCCCGUUAUGGAAAUGCUGGAGCUCAAUUUCAAGGCGCUUGGUGGUAUAACUGGGAAGGAGGGAAUUUGAAUGGAUUAUAUUUGAAGGCACAACAGUCCGAUUAUGCGAUAAUGAUGUGCUGGAGGACAUUCAGGGGAUACCACUAUGGAUUAAAGACGUCAAGAAUGAUGAUUCGUCCGUUGCAAUCAACGAAUGGAUCAUAAUAAACGAUAAUAAAACCUUAAGGAGCCUUACAUAUCAAGAAAGAAGGAACAAUAGAAUAUCAGCAUCAACCAUCACAACUCAAUCAAUCCAAUAAUGCAGCACGUCCCCUCAAAGCUUUUGCAACACUUCUCUUAGGUGUAUGAUCUUUUCUUUAUCUAAAGUCCUACAAAUAUAAGACUUCUCAGGCUACUUCAAU